AUGGAAAUCACAAACCAAACGUCUUACACCAGGUUCAUCCUCCUUGGCUUGUCCAAUGACCCUCGCCUCCAAGUCUUCUCCUUCCUGGUGUUCCUGCUGAUGUACAUCAUGACAUUAUCCGGCAAUCUUCUUCUGAUUCUUGCGGUGAGGGUCAACCCGACUCUGCAGACCCCCAUGUAUUUCUUUCUGAGCAAUCUCUCUGCCGUAGACAUCAUCUUCUCCUCCACCGUUGUGCCCAAAAUCCUGAUCAACGCUUUAUCCAAAGACAGAAGUAUCUCCCUGUUGGAAUGUGCGGUUCAGAUGUACGUCCACCUAGCCAUGGGUGCGUGUGAGUCCAUCUUACUGGCGGUCAUGGCCUUCGACCGGUAUGCCGCCAUAUGCAGACCAUUGCACUACAACGCCGUCAUGAACAAGAAGCUUUGUAUUGGUUUUGCUGCCAUGGCUUGGAGCGUCGGAUCCCUGAACUCUUUCAUCCUUGUGAUCCCUACUUUGAGUCUACCAAUCUGCCGCUCCAACCACAUAGACCAUUUCUUCUGUGAGAUUCCUCCUUUCCUACAGAUGUCCUGCGGAGAUACUUGGGCCAAUGUGUUGUUGAUCUAUAUCUCGGCAGGGGUUAUUGUCAUGUGUUCUUUCCUUCUGACUUUAGUUUCUUAUUGUCACAUCAUCUACUCGAUAUUAAACAUCCGUAACGCUCAAGGCCGGUAUAAGACCUUCUCCACUUGUGCUUCCCACCUCUCUGUGGUCACCGUCUACUAUGGGGCCAUCAUGUUCAUGUGUAUGAGACCCCCAACCGCUCGCUCUUCAAGGAUAGACAAGGGCGUGCCGGUCGUCUACACAGCGGUCACUCCGCUCUUGAAUCCGUUCGUCUACAGUAUGAGGAAUAAAGAUGUGAAGGAAACUUCAAAAACAUUCCCACUAACUGACCUUCAAAACCUGUCUAUGUUGUCCUGA